AUGAUUGGAGACCAAGGAGACUUGUUUCGUGCGUUUGUGCAAUAUUUAGGAAGAUACACGAAUGUCCGAGGUCCUAGCAAUUCUCGGGAGUUCGAUGGCGUCACUGGUAGAGAUUUUAGUAUGCCGCGUGAGAUGGUACCAAGCACGUCUCGUGCAGACCCUCUGGGAAGUAGCAUUCUUUACCCUACCCUCCCCUGCGAUAGUAAAAUUGAAGAUAGUAAAUACACUGACGCCUUAGCCUCUCAGCAGUAUCGGAAUUUCAGCAACCACGACAAGGUCAAGAUAAAGAUGGAGGAUAUUCCCCAGUGGAAGCCCAGUGAUGUGAAAUACCAGUACAGUGAUCCUGAUGAAUUGCGCAACACGAAUAAUUCCAUCCUCAUUGUUGGAUCCACAUUGGUGGUUGUGUGCCGGGGCUCCAACAUUGGGUUAUAUCAACGACGGCAUACGGCAGCAGGCUACCCUGAGCUUUACUUGACCAAUACCAUCUGCCUUGAAAUUAACGAAACAAAGAUAUUACCCUCCGGGGGCUUUCUCUGUGAAAAUGAGAGCCAGUUGCGAGUGUGGACGGUAGCAAAUGAUGAUAUGUAUCAGGUCAAUCUCUCGGGUGAAUACAAAGGCAUCGUUGGGAUGUGUCCACGUCGGGGCAUAAUUGGGCUGCUUGCCUGGUCUUCUGCUUCCGCUGAGACAGACGCUUUUGUCGGUCUAAGUAAAGAUAAGCUGAUUCGGGUCGCGAAUGGGCGAAACUUGGAUGAAAGAAAAACGUACACAGGCGAGAAGUUUACUUGCGUAGCGACUAUCGCAGGCGACCGGAUUGCAGCCGCAUCGUUGAUGAAAAGAAAUAACACAGGCGUCCUACGGCUAUAUCACGGAAGCAUAGACCGCGCGAAAGUUAGGCGCUACUUUCAAAGCAAGCCUAUUCACCAUAUUUGUAUCGCAGCGAGUGGUCAAUGGAUUGUGCUUACUACCGAUGGGGAGCUUAUUCUGUUCGAAACUUUAGAGGAUAGAUGUCGCUUUCAGAUAAAACCGAAAAGUCACAUUCACACCCUGAAGUUGAAUAAAGAUGACAUGAGGAGGUGCCAAAGGGAUGGCAAACGGGUGGUUUUCACUGGAGCGUAUUUUCACAAUAACGACGAAGAGAUAGUGACCACGGUGGGACAUUUUCUUGUGAGGUGGAGGCUAGAUACCAUUGAAAAAUGCAUUCAGAGCGGAGAGGAUGAAUUUCCAUAUGUACCCACAUGGUUUGAGAAGGACAUCAUUGCUAGUGGUUCUUCUGAGGGUUCCAAGAUUGUUGUGGUGAUGCAUUCAAAGUCUGUGUGUUACGUGAUCUAG